CUUUUAUUAUUUGGUGGAGUGGAAGUUGGAAUCUUUGGGUGGUUUUGGGGCAGAAACAUGUGGUGGAUGUCCUAAAUUUCUUCCUUGUUUUUUCUAGUGUUUUUGGGCAGGAAUUUGUGGGGUUUGUGCUAAAGUCAGAAAUCUGUUGCGUUCUUACUACAUUUGUUUGAAAGGUGUUUUGGGUUGUGGCUUUGGGCAGAAAUUUGUGGGGUAUGUUCUAAAUUUGAGUUUUUUUCCUGAAGGAUUCAUGGGGUGGUUUGAUUUUUUUUAAGGGAUUUAGGGAAGAAAAGUGUGGGGUAUUUACUGCAUUUUUUUUUGUAGUGUUAUGGGUGUGGUUUUGAGCAGAAACCUAUGGGGUAUGUCCUAAAUUUGAUUUUGUUUAAGGGUUUAUGGAAUGGUUUUGGGGCAAAAAGCUGUAGGAUAUGUGCUAAAUUGAUUUAAAAAAGGGGAUUUUGGGCAGAAAUCUGUGAGGUAUUUACUACAUUUAAAAAAGUAGGUGUUUUGGGCAGAGAUUUGUGGGGUAUGUCCUAAAUCUGGGUUUCGUAAGGGCUUUUUGGGGCAGAAAUCUGUGGGGCAUGUGCUAAACUUUGUUCUUUUGUUUUUUCUUUUGAAGGGUUCUCAGGGUGGUUUGGUGCUGAGAUUGGCUGUUUUGUAUUUGGGUUUCUGGGCUGAGAAUAUUGGGUUGAAAGUGGGUUUGUUCCAUUUGGGGUGGUUGGAGUUGCCGAAAUUCGCAGGGCGGUUUUUAAAUUGAAAUUUGUGGUUUUGGGGUAGAAGCAUUUGGGUUGGUUAUAGAACUGGAUUUUGGAAUUUAUAGUGAUUUUAGAGAUGAAUUUUGUAGCUCUUGCUUUGAAAUUGUAGGGAAUAUUUGAAUUUGGAGGUCUCUUGAGGGUGGAUUCUUGGAGACUAGGUGCUGUUUUGGCUUGAGUUUGGGUUCUGUUUGAAAGCUUUCAAUUUCUAUUUUGGUUGUUGGAUUUGUGGAAAAAAUGGCUUGUAUGAAGCUGGGAUCGAAAUCUGAUGCAUUCCAACGGCAAGGGCAGGCAUGGUUCUGUGCAACUGGCCUUCCCAGCGAUGUUAUUGUCGAAGUUGACGAGAUGUCCUUUCAUCUUCACAAGUUCCCAUUGCUUUCUAGAAGUGGGGUUUUAGAAAGACUGAUCGCGGAGGCAUCUGAUGAUGGAGAAGAGGGCUGUGUCAUACAGCUCUCAGACAUUCCCGGCGGCGCAAAGGCGUUCGAGCUCGUGGCGAAGUUCUGCUAUGGUGUGAAGCUCGAGCUCACUGCGUCGAAUGUCGUCCACCUCCGCUGCGCGGCGGAGCAUCUUCAGAUGACGGACGAAUAUGGGGAGGGCAAUCUGAUCACACAGACUGAGAUAUUCCUCAACCAGGUUGUGCUCCGCAGCUGGAAGGACUCGAUCAAGGCUCUCCAGGCAUGCGAGGAUGUCCUCGCCCACGCUGACAAUCUCCACAUGGUGAAGAGAUGCAUCGAGUCAUUGGCUGUGAAGGCGUGCACAGACCCAAAUCUGUUUGGGUGGCCGAUGACGGAUCGUGGGCCCAUGCAGAGCCCCGGUGGGAGCAUGUUGUGGAAUGGGAUAAGCACCGGGGCCCGGCCGAGGAAUGCUAGCUUGGAUUGGUGGUACGAGGAUGUAUUGUCAUUGAGCCUCCCUCUCUAUAAGAGGCUGAUUUCGGUCAUGGAAUCCCGCGGCAUCAAAGAAGAGAUCAUUGCUGGUUCAGUCACACACUAUGCGAAACGUUUUCUCCCAGGCCUCAACAGGCGUCAGAGCAUGUCGGGUGAGCACAGCACACGCCUUGUGGCUGUGGCAAUUGCAUCCGCACCAUCUGAAGAAGAACAGAAGCAUUUGCUUGAGGAGAUUGAUGGCCUGCUGCCCAUGCAGAAGGGUGUGGCAUCGACCAAAAUCCUGUUUGGGCUUCUCCGAACUGCCAUGAUCCUGCGGGCGAGCCCGGCUUGCGUAUCAAACUUGGAGGAGAGGAUUGGGAUGCAGCUGGACCAGGCCACCUUGGAGGAUCUUUUGCUGCCCACCUUCUCCUACUCUAUGGAAACACUCUACAAUGUCGAAUGCGUGCAGCGGAUUCUUGAGCACUUCCUGGUGUUGGAUCAGGCGACAGGUGGGGCCUCCCCAUGUUCGGUUGAUGAUGGGCAACUGAUGGGGUCUCCUUCUCUUACGCCGAUCACGAUGGUGGCCAAGCUCAUCGAUGGGUACCUUUCAGAGGUUGCACCUGAUGUUAAUCUGAAGCUGCCGAAGUUCCAGUCACUGGCUGGGGCCAUUCCUGAUUAUGCCAGACCGUUGGAUGAUGGGCUUUAUCGUGCGAUUGACAUAUACUUGAAGGCCCACCCAUGGCUCACAGAUUCGGAGAGGGAGCAGCUCUGCCGUCUGAUGGACUGCCAGAAGCUCUCCUUGGAAGCCUGCACGCAUGCCGCUCAAAACGAGAGGCUCCCCCUCCGUGUAGUUGUCCAGGUCCUCUUCUUUGAGCAGCUGCAGCUGCGGACGUCGAUCGCGGGCUGCUUCCUGGUCUCUGACAAUCUCGACGGUGGGUCGAGGCCUCUGAGGAGCGGGCUCAUGGGCGGGGGGCCGAACGAAGGGGGGUGGGCGACAGCGGUGCGCGAGAACCAGGUGCUGAAGGUGGGGAUGGACAACAUGCGGAUGCGGGUGUCGGAGCUUGAAAAGGAGUGCACAAGCAUGCGGGAGGAGAUUGAGAAGCUGGGCCAAGGAAAGGGGGUGUGGAGGUCAGUCCCACGGAAGUUCGGGCUCAAGAUCAAGUCACAGAUGUGCAGCGCCCAGGAAGGGUCAGUCAGCGAUCAGAAGGCGGCUGAGAAGACAAAGGAGAGGCGAAAUGGGAAGCAUAUGAGGAACUUGUCUGUAGAUGGGUAAGCUUCAUUUCUUCCUUCAUUUCCAGUGCCUGUGUCCAUCAUCUUUCAAUGAAUGCGAGUGGGGCCCAUACAAGUGUGGUGGAGGGGCCCACUUCGCACACGUGCACUUGUAAUGCCUGUGUUAGAGAUCCAGGGCUAGCUCAACAGGUGUGGCCCACCGCAUACUAGAAAAGAAUCGGUGGUCGCGGCCCGGUUCUGCUCAUCAUGUGGUCGACAAGCGUUUUGAAUUCUUGAGCCGAUGGUCUCUUCUCCAACUGUUCUUUCAACUGUGGUCUACCUGAUGAGCCGACUGGCCUGAGCUUUUUUGGGUCAGGGUGGAACGGUCGUGGCGGACCCCAGCUGAUGUAUGGGCUAGAUUUCGCACAAAUGUUCUUUGUUGGCGUGUCUGAAGUCGGCCCUUUCAUCUCAUUCACCAUAUUUAUCUUCUGAUUGAUUGUAUCUGUAUUUUGUUGGGCUGUUUUCCUUUUCAUUUUUCAAUAUGAAACUGUGAAAUUUCA